UCCCGGAAGCUGAGAGCGCAGUUCAGCAGUUCCCCGUUGGCGGUUUCCGCGAGUGAAGAGAGAGGGAGGGGAGAGAGAGCAAUAGAGUAGACGGUGGUGAUGCACUAAAACCUAUACGGGCGGAGAUACAGGCUUGACAUGUCCAGGCUUAUCUACCAUGGAUGCAGAGAUGAUCCCCAAAUUCUCUUCGAAAGACGAGGAAAUUGAUUACUGGAAGGCUCUUUCCCUCAAGUACAAGAAAAGCUGCCAGGAGGCGCGGGACGAGCUGCAGGAGUUCCAGGAGGGCAGCCGGGAGCUGGAGGCGGAGCUGGAGGCCCAGCUCGGGCAGGCGGAGAGCCGCAUCCGGGACCUGCAGGCGGAGAACCAGAGGCUGAAGAGCGAGGUGGACACCCUCAAGGAGAAGCUGGAGCAGCAGUACGCGCAGAGCUACAAGCAGAUCUCCCUGCUGGAGGACGACCUGGGCCAGACGCGCGGCAUCAAGGAGCAGCUGUACCGAUACGUGCGCGAGCUGGAGCAGGCCAACGACGACCUGGAGAGGGCCAAGAGGGCGACCAUCGUGUCGCUGGAGGACUUUGAGGCUCGGCUGAACCAGGCCAUAGAGAGGAACGCCUUCCUGGAGAGCGAGCUGGACGAGAAGGAGUCGCUCCUGGUGUCUGUGCAGAGGCUGAAAGACGAGGCCAGAGACCUGAGGCAGGAGCUGGCGGUGCGGGAGAGGAGCGCGGACGUCGGCAGGCUGUCGGCGCCCAGCUCGCCCAUGCAGGACGCGGAGCAGGCCGAUUCUGCCGUCCAGGCCUCCCUGUCCCUCCCGGCCACGCCCCUGGGCAAGAUCAUGGACAACGCCUUCCUCAGCCAAACGGUUCUGAACAAUGGCAGCUCUCCCCUGACGCCGUCGGCCAGGCUGUCGGCUCUCAACAUCGUGGGGGACCUGCUCAGGAAAGUGGGGGCCCUCGAGUCCAAACUGGCCGCUUGCAGAAACAUGGCCAAAGACCAGGCGGCCAGGAGGGCCCUGACCGGCGUCACCAACGGCAACAUCGGCAGCGCCAAAUUCUCCCACGCGCUUCAGUCCUGCUCCGACAAACCGACUGUGAAUGGCCUGGGUCCGGUCACGCUCGCCGCCAUAACCUCCACCCGCACAGUGUCCCCACCCAGCAUGCUGCCUCUCAGCGUCUGACCCGCCCCUCCCCCCUAAGCAGCCACACCCUCUGCAGAGAGGACCCUGGUUUGAGCGUGGACAGUACUGACCAAUCACAGGCCUCCCUCUUCUUGCACUGAGUGCAUCUGUUCAGAUGCUCCGCCCCCUUCUGUGAGAGACGGGGGAGUGGGCUUCGCCCACAACUACUCCUAUCAAACCUUCCGUCAUUUCUUGCAGUUUUUUUGUUAUUUAUUUUAUAAAUACAUGUAGCGUGUGUGUGUGUGUUUUGGUUUGUUUGCACUUCACAUUAAUUGCACAGGUAAAUUUUCUUUUUCGGAAAGUAAGUUUAUCGACUGACAGAAUGAUUUAUUUUCAUUCGCCGUUGCGUAUGCCAGUGUUUGCUUUCCCGUGCGUGCGUGCUCGUGAAGCAGAGGGGGCGCGCGCGGCUGACCGAUCGGCAGAGUCCGGGCCGUGGGGUGAGACGCGCCGCUGCGCAGUCCCCUUGAACGGACGGCGGGAAGCGGGGCCUACCUGGCAGCCCGCGCGCUGGGAGCAGCUCACCUGGCGUCCACCGUCCAGCGGCACGUUGGGGAGUAAGCAGGACAGCCGUUCAGGAGUGUACCCGCUCACAUCUCUGCCACGGCACAGAUCAGCUGAUCAGGAGUGUUCCCACUCACAUCUCUGCCAUAGCGCAGAUCAGCUGAUCAGGAGUGUACCCGCUCACAUCUCUGCCACGGCACAGAUCAGCUGAUCAGGAGUGUUCCCACUCACAUCUCUGCCAUAGCGCAGAUCAGCUGAUCAGGAGUGUACCCGCUCACAUCUCUGCUACGGCACAGAUCAGCUGAUCAGGAGUGUACCCGCUCACAUCUCUGCUACGGCACAGAUCAGCUGAUCAGGAGUGCACCCGCUCACAUCUCUGCUACGGCACAGACCAGCUGAUCAGGAGUGUACCCGCUCACAUCUCUGCUACGGCACAGAUCAGCUGAUCAGGAGUGUUCCCACUCACAUCUCUGCUAUAGUGCAGAUCAGCUGAUCAGGAGUGCACCCGCUCACAUCUCUGCUAUAGCGCAGAUGUACCCUUCAGCGAGGUGUUUACAUAAAUUAUUAGCUUAAUAAGACAUGAUUGGUGUUUUAAUAAAAUAAUAGUAAUAAAAGAGACAAAAGGCUGAAUCACAUUGGUAAGAAAAAAUGGCUCUUUACCAGUAAAUCAUAAUUUAUUAUUAUUUUUAUCUAAUUACUGUGCCGCCCUGUCAAGUCUGAUAUUUGAAUGUUUUUUUUUAUUUAUAAAUUUUGUUUCAACAUGUGUGUUGUCGUCCACUUGUGUCCAAGCACACGAGUGGUCUUUCGCAACGAGCUGCUACCGUACAUGUUGAGUCACGCGUGUGACGCACUACCGUCCUGACCCGGUUUUAUAAACGGUUCAAAAAAUAAAUAGUAGGCGGCUUUUUUAGGCUGUGAUCGUAGUCUGAAUGUGUUCGCGUUUCUCGUUUCUUUGUUUGAAACUCGUGCUUUCGGCAUCGCCGUCAUUCUGAGAGCUGUCAUUGUGCUCAUGUGCCACGUUGGUUCUUUUGCGGGGUUUGACUUUUGUGAAAUGCAUUCCGGUUUUGAUUUUCACUAAAUGCAUUUUGUUUCGUACAUGUAUUUGCUUUUUCCACACUGCAGUGCUCCCCCCAGCUAAAAGCAGGUUGUUCUUCCAUAGGUUGGCUUAUCUAUAGGGGCAAUUCCACAGAAGCCAAACCCAUAUUCAAUAUGAGUGACACAUUUAGGCAGGGUUAACAGGAUUUGUUUUUUAAAUAAAAUUUUUCAUUCUUUUCUGGAUUUUUCAGUAAUUUAAGUGACGGCAGACCAUGGUAUUUUAAGUAACAAUGCAGGGGACAAAUGUACAGCUUAAUCUAUCAUGAUAAAUGUAAUUUUCCCUUCAGGUUGUGCACUCUGGUCAUGUUAUUUUAUCCUGUUUGUUGUGGCACAGGUAUCCCAGCAUCCCCCUUUGUAUAUACUCUUGGUUUAUAAGGUAAGAUUUUAUAUAUGACUCACCUGCCAGGGCGAUUUAUCUCCGAUUGUUUAGGGCAUGUGUUUAAAUUUGUUGUAAAUUAUAUGUACGUUAAAGCUCUUAUACCCCAAUGUGGAACUGUUUGUGUACUGUUGAUAUCUGAUAAUAAAGAAAUUGAACCCAUAGGUUCUGUU